GUGUUUUGCAGAUAACUAGUUUGCAAUAAAAACAUUGAGAUGCUCAAGUCAAGCUCCUCUGCCUUACGACUUACGAGUUUCACUUCAUCGAUAAAUACCGGCAAGGCAGCAACCCACCUCAGAAUAAGAGUUUGGCGCUUUUUAGUUUCCGGAUUAAAUUUAGGGUUUGAAUAUGAGUAAUGCAGAAAUCGUGAACAUCAAAAUUGAGAAUGAAGAAGAAAUAAUGAAUUCAGGAUCAAAACAAAGAGCUCAUCCAGACGAUUAUAGUCGAGCAGUUGCGAAAAUGGCUGUUGCACAGAUUUGCGAAGGAAUUGGAUUUGAAGUAAUAAAGAAAUCGACAAUAGAAGCUUUAUCUGAAAUCAUGGUUCGGUUUAUAUAUGAUUUAGGAAAAUCUGCUUCUUUUCAUGCUAAUUUAGCUGGUAGAUCUGAAUCUAACGUUUUCGACAUUUUCAAAGGUUUAGAAGAUUUAGGUUGUUCCGAAAUUAUUAAUAUGUCUGAUUUUGUAACUUCUAUCGAAGAAGUUCCAUUUUCCUACCCAAUUCCACGGUUUCCAGUUCCAGUGACAUCAAUGAAUGGUUCUUUUCCUCCGAGUUUCUUGCAAAUGGGUGAAAAUCCAGGCUCAAAACAUAUACCUGAUUGGUUACCGGCAUUUCCUGAUCCACAUACCUAUAUUCAGUCACCGUUGUGGAGUCAUAAGAGGUCGGAUCUUCGAAUUGAUAAGGGAGAGCAAGCGAGACAAAGAAGAAAGGCGGAACGAUCCUUGUUGAAUUUGCAGCAAAGAUUGUUGUCCACAGCUCCAACUUCUGGGUCUAGUGUUAAUGAUGGGGAGAAGUAUGUAGAGGAUAACUCGACAUUACCACCCAAGAAGGGUAAUGAGAAUGGUGGUGUUGGUGAGAGGAAGCAUGUGUUAGUAAAGGAGAUGUUUGCUCCAGCUAUUGAUGCAUUGAAGGGUGAUGAAGAUGAUGAUAAUGGUGGGGGGUCGGAUUCGGAUGGUAUGGAAAUAGAUAAGAGGAUGAUAAUUCCUGUAUCGGUCCCAGUUCCGAUUCCGAAUAAGAAGAGGCCAGUGGUUUUCUUCAAGAUGAAGGUUGCUAAGAAAAUGCUGGUUGAAGAUUUGGAUAUUCAUAUUAGAAGUAUGGUGAACGGUAAGAAAGGAUCAAAUAUUGGAAGAGAUGAUGAUAAAGAUGAUAAGAAAAGAAGAGCUGAAUUUAUUCUUAGGCAGUCAACAAUAGAUAAUACUCAGGAAGUGUCACAGAUGUAAAUGAUACUCUUUCAUUUCUUGUAGGUAUAGUUUUUAGUUAAUUUGGAGUUGGAAUGUUCAUGGUGAUUGUAACAUUGGAUGGCACAUUAUGUUUCUAGUUUUGUAAAUGCAAUUCAGCUGAUUAAAUCUUCUGUAUUUUUUAUCAAUAUAAAGUUGCAGAUCAUUUACCAUGAAUUAAACGGAAACAAUCUCUUUGUUUUUCAUCACAAGGAUGAUGUUGACUGUUGAGGAUAAGGUUGUGUAUACGAUUCGGCGACUCCUAAACUUUGCCUAGAUGAGAGCUUUGAUGGAUGACAUGGAGUAAUGGAAUGUAGAAAUGUAGUAAUUAAUUUAAGACAAUUGUAUUAAGCUACUAAAGUUCUUUGACAAUCAUUUCUUUUCAAUGAAAUACUUUUUAAUUCUCAUUUA